GGGCCCCGCCCCGCCGCUCCCUCCGCGCGAGCCCCCGCCCCCUCCUCCCCUCUCCUCCCCUCCCCUCCCCCCCCCCGGCCCGGGCCGAUGCGCGCGCGCGCGGCCGGCAGUGUCUCCUCAGAGCGGCCGCGGCGGUGACGGCGCUGACGGGGCCUCGGAGCCGGCGGCAGCGGCGGGUGCUGCGGAGCGCGGCGGAGCGGGCGGAGCGGGCGGCGCCUCUUCUCCUUCCCGCAUCCUUCUCCUCGUCCCCCUCCUUCCUCCUCCCCCCGCCUCCGCCCCCCCCCCCCCCCCCCCCCGCACGCAGUCACCGCGGUUCCCGGCACGGACAACAUGGCGGCGGUGUCGGGGGCCGGGGCUGCGGGCGGCUCUGCCAGCGCUGGGGGCCCGGAGAUGGUGCGGGGCCAAGCGUUCGACGUGGGGCCCCGCUACACCAACCUCUCCUACAUCGGCGAGGGGGCUUACGGCAUGGUGUGUUCUGCCUAUGAUAACGUCAACAAAGUUCGAGUUGCUAUAAAGAAAAUCAGUCCUUUUGAGCAUCAGACAUACUGCCAGAGAACUCUGAGGGAGAUUAAGAUCCUACUGCGCUUCAGGCAUGAGAAUAUUAUUGGGAUAAAUGAUAUUAUCAGAGCUCCAACUAUUGAACAAAUGAAAGAUGUAUACAUUGUGCAAGAUCUCAUGGAGACAGAUCUGUACAAGCUCUUAAAGACUCAACACCUCAGCAACGACCACAUUUGUUAUUUCCUUUACCAGAUUCUGAGAGGGUUAAAAUACAUCCAUUCAGCCAACGUGCUUCAUCGUGACCUCAAACCUUCAAAUUUGCUGCUUAACACCACUUGUGAUCUCAAGAUUUGUGACUUUGGACUGGCUCGUGUUGCAGAUCCAGAUCACGAUCACACAGGAUUCUUGACAGAGUAUGUGGCCACACGUUGGUACAGGGCUCCUGAAAUCAUGCUGAAUUCUAAGGGUUACACCAAGUCUAUUGACAUCUGGUCAGUCGGCUGCAUUCUGGCAGAGAUGCUCUCCAACAGACCCAUCUUUCCAGGAAAACACUACCUUGACCAACUCAACCACAUCCUUGGUAUACUUGGAUCCCCUUCCCAAGAAGAUUUGAAUUGUAUAAUAAACUUAAAGGCCAGAAACUACUUGCUUUCCUUACCACACAAAAAUAAGAUACCAUGGAACAGGCUGUUUCCAAACGCUGACCCCAAAGCACUUGAUUUGUUGGAUAAAAUGUUGACCUUUAAUCCUCAUAAGCGGAUUGAAGUGGAACAAGCUUUAGCCCAUCCAUAUCUGGAGCAGUAUUAUGAUCCAAGUGAUGAGCCUGUAGCUGAAGCACCCUUCAAGUUUGAUAUGGAGUUGGAUGACUUGCCGAAGGAGAAGCUGAAAGAACUGAUUUUUGAGGAAACUGCUAGAUUCCAGCCAGGAUAUCGAUCUUAAAUUGUGCAUAGGACAAGGACUUAAAGGACUGGGCAUGCUCAAACGUUGCUGUUCCUCUUCCCAGUUCUUUAUUGUUGGUCAUGUCUUGUGGCCUCUCUCAGCUUAUCCACUAACUCCUUUGAGCCAUUCAGGAGGGCAGUUCCUGGUAGUUUUGGCUUUUCAUGCUUUCAAUGAAUCUUUUAAGCCUGAAGAAUUGUAAUUGACACUCCUAUGCGUAAUGCCCAUGUUGACCUGUGGCAGUACUGUACUGUAAGUGCACCUACUGCUGGCCGUAUUUUAACUGCUUGCUUUCUGGUUUGAAAGAUGCAGUGGUUCCUUUCACUCCCGGAUCAAUAUCCAUGAAGAUAAUUCAUUAACCUGUAAGACGUUUACACCAUGAACUAUGGUUUUAUGACUUUACUGAAGUCGCUGGCAUUUUUUUUUUCUUUUUUUAUUUUUUUUCCUUUUUUGGUUUUGUUUUAGAAAAGCUACUAUUCAGGGCACUUUAAGUCAGUGACAUCCCAGAUUUUUUUUGCACUUCCUUUUCAAAUAGAAAUGGUUACACCCAGCGCGGGUUAUACCAUUGUGCUAUGGAUUGCAGCAUAAGUCGUGUUCAUGUUAAUCUUGCUUAUGCACUUUGGGUGUCCUGUGCUGUACAUACAGGUAUUCUAUACAGCGUAAGAGCCACAUAGAAACCCAACCUAAUUGAAUUCAUCCAAGAAACAUUUUUUUUUUUCCAUGUAUUGAUGAAAUAUGUACCUUUUUCUCUCUGCCUUUUCUAAAAGAGAUCAUUUAAAGUUUAACCAUGUUGGAGGCAUAGUACUACUUGUGCAAAGAGAAUGAGUGGCAGCUCGCCAACUUAUAGUUACUCACCGUGUGGUGGAAGAUUAACAAAGAACAUAAUGGCAUGAUGACCUAAUAGUGAAUGCUUUUCUCUGUGGAAGGCAUCCAUGUCUGGUGGCAAGCGAGAAACCAAAAUACGAUGUUAAUAAACUCAGUCUACAUCCUGCAUACCAGUGAAACGCUUCAAGUGAGGAUUGAUAGUUUUUACAUUUGAGUCUAAUCACUGACAUUCAGAAUUCUUGCCGAGAGGAACACUGCAUCUUUAAAUGAGAAAGUUUGAUUUUACUUUUGCUCCUACAGCAUGUCAGCAUCUCAAGUUCAUUUCUUGCAACCUACACUAUGGUGAUUUGUAAUCAAGCCUCCAUGAGCUCAUGACAUGAAGUACUGUUCUGUUGUCAAGUACUAUCAAACUUUUCUGAUAAUGCUGAGUUAGGACAACCAAACAAAGCUAGCACUAAAUCAUGUUUAAAAUUGUAUACCUUUUAAUGAUCUUUUCAAGUAUUUGUUACUGAAAUUGUAUAAUGUGGAGUUUACUAGGUGUUAUGUUCCAGUGCAGUGCCUCCUUUUCUUUCCCCACUGCUCUCUGUGGUGAGAAAUUUGCCUUGUUUAAAAUAAUUACUGUGCCCUCGCAUGACUGUUAAAGCUUUCUGUGCAAAGAUGAUUGUCUAAGUGCCACAUGCCUAUGAUUGAGAAAAAAAAUAAUCUAUUGUUACCUCUGAGUUGUGUUCAACUGAAAUGCUAUUCAACAAAUAACUUAGGAAAAAUAGUUCUAUUUUUAGCUUUUCAUAUCUCUGCUGUCUUUUUCUCAUUUUAUUUUGGCAGCAGUGAAGAAUGGAUUGUAUAAAGACUGCUUGCUAAUAUGAACAAAAUGCACUUGUAAUUCCUGGAAAUAAAUUUAAAUCUUGUAUCUUCACAUUAACAUUAAGAAUUAGUUUUUGGUUUCCUCUUGGGUAAUGUGUUUGAAUGGAAAUCAGGUUCAAUUGCUACUGUACUACAUAAGGAUGCUGGCUGGUUAGUAACUCCAGGCUUCUUCAUACCAUUUAGUCUGCUCUUCACAGAAAUCUAGAAAGCCAUUAACCUAGACUUCAAUAGAUAAGGGUGCUUACAGGAUUCCAUUUCAGAUUUUUCUUUCUCCUCUAGUUUCAGUGUUAGUCUGCCAAAACUAAUUUUUAAUACGCAAGGGUUCAUCAUUAAAGGGCAUUUUCAAUUCGGAAGUUCCUGUGGUACCUAAAUCUGUGGCGGGGAACAUAUUAGGAGCAUUGUCGGGACACUGCACAGGUGAUGGUUGAAUUGUGACGUGGAACCUAUGCUAAAACCAUUUCUAUUGAAAUAUGCACUUGACUGUUGAUACUAGUGUAGGAAUGUCUCUUGACACUUCUACACAUCUUUACCAAAAUGCUUUUCUCACUCAGUUUUGAGAAGUCGAAAUAUUUCUAGAAUCUCUGCUACUUGUACGAUCAUCAUUACUACAGGAUUCAUUUUUGGCAUGGUUGGAAAGAUGACUGUUACUGAAAUUAGUUUGUAACACCUCAGUUAUAAUUUAUUAAGGAAGAACUUCGGCAGCUUACUUCACCCUUCUCUUUACCGAUUCUUUUUUUUUAAUGCUUUCUUUCAGUUUGGAUUUUUGGGGAGGUGUAGACUUGCCCUUGCAUUCUGUCUCUCUGGGUGAGAAGCCAAGGGUUUGCUUUACUGAACAUCUGGUGCUUUUGGGCUUUCUUCCUUCACUAUUCUCACUGAAUCCAAUUGGCCUCCAUCAGUAACCACAUUUAUCAGUCUUUUGCAGAAUUCGGUGAGCAUUGUUGGGUUGAAUUUGACAUGUCAAAAGCUGAAGCAUGAUUUUUUUUUUUUGGUCAGAUUUUGAAAAUAGUUUAAAAGAAGGUGCCUAUACCAACCCUGUGUUAGGUCAGUUAUUUCAUCAUUUUACAUAGGUAUUUUUUUUCUUUAUGUAGUUUUUAUAUUUUAGAGCAGAGAACAGCAACUCUUAAUCAAAGUAACAUGCAUAUUUCAUGGUAAAGAUGCUUUGGGAAUAAGGAAUGUAAACAGUUCACUGUCAAAAACAUUCCAACCUUACAGCUGAAGAAAAAUAUGCAAACAAAAUUCUCCUGGCUGCUUUGGCAAGUAACUGUCUUUCUCUGCUGUCCUGCCUGUCGCCAGGCUCUUCCUCAUCCCUAUUACACGUCUCACCAGUCUGCAGCGUGCAACACACUACAUGGGCUGGGCGCUGUGGUGAGCUGUCAGGAGCAGCAGUGGUGGCAGAGCUCGGCAGUGGCCAAAUGAAACCCAAGGAGUUGAGCACGGUUUUCCUUACAGAAUGAGAAAAAGAAAAACCUGUUGUUGCUGCCCACUGUAAUAUGCUACAGUAUAUUUAUACCAUGUCGAAGAUGUUUGCUGAGCAACUGUACUAUAGAUUUAAACUUUAUUAAUAUAUAUUUGCUUAUGUUAGUGUAGUUUAUAUAGUCCUUGGUUACUGAUAAAUUUAUUGUGUUGUUACAGCACCGUGAUAUGGUAUAAAUAUAGGUCUAUACAUACACACCAUGUACUCACAAGUUCGGUCCCUUGCAUAGUACUUUUAUAUUUGUACAGCGAUGUCUUCAAGCAAUCCCAGAUUUUAGGGGAAAUAUUUUUGUAAAUGCAGUGGUUUCAACAAAAGAGUCCAAACAAUCCUUUUACUAAGUUUUAAAUACAUUUGUGGUUCCAAAUGGUUUAGUUAACAAUUGAAAUCAAGACACUAAAUUAGUGAAAAGUGCACAUUAGUCAAGUGAAGCUUACAGUGGUUUUUGUAGCAUGUGCUGUGAUCAAACUAGGUGAAACAUUGGAGGAAAUGUACAAGUUGGACUACCUUUGUAAAUCUAGAACAAAUUUCUAAAGGUUGCAGCUGGUUUACUUACUAUUGUUGCCUUUUCUUGUGUUGUAUCAGUGUAGAGCACUCUUAAAAUACUCAAAACUGCUUUGUCUUUGCUUUGUACUGUUGGUGCCUUCUUAGUCAUGUACCCCACAAGUCCUGCAUAGCUAAUUUAGUUAAUGGUAAGUUUAAAAUAAAAAGCAAAGGAAGAUUUUAUAAAAAUAAAUCAUUUUCUGUAUGUUCUUAUUCAUUGUAACAAUUAAACGUUUAUAUUGUGACAGAUUUGUGAUUUGGUUAAUCUGUAUAGAUCAAUUGUAAGUAGCAAAGGUUUAUAUUUCGUCUUAUUCUUUUGAUGUUGUAAACGUAUGUGACUUUCUUUUUUAAAUCAGGUAACUUAAUGUUCUGUUUUGUUUUUGGCAUCUGAAUCUUGUAAAAACAAAUGCAAAGAAAAUCAUUAAAUUGUGUCCCUGUAUUACCAAAUCAGCAUAGUGCUGUGCAUAUAUAGAAUGACUGGAAUUUUGCUUUAAAAUGAGCUGCUGUUUUAUAAACCACAAAUACACUGAUGUGUAUUUCAUUGGCUUAUCCAAAACAUGACUGUCACUCGAGUGCUGCAGUAGUGAGUAGCCUACAUUUAAUAUUUGUAAGUACUCAAGUGUGUUUGUUCCACUGUAUGACUGUACCAGCUUGAAAUUAAAUUAGGGAAGCCAUCCGAAAAACUGCAGAUGAAGUUACUUUAUAGAUGGGCAGAAAUGUUUCAUCUUCAGUGCAAGACAGUUAUGAAAUAGCGUUUUGAACUGUUGAGCACAGAGUAAUUCAUGUGGGUUCCAGUGCGUCUGAUGUCACAGGCUUUUUUGACAUUCUUUACGUGGGUAUUUGUGUAGUUAUCACUGCUCCCGUGAAGUUUUGAAAAUAAUUACUUGAGCAAUCCUGCUUUCAUUUUACUGCAGAAGGGUUCCUCUCAGGCCAAGGAUUUGAAACGUGAUUUCUGGGAGCACUGCAGAUCAGUUUUCAUCACUGUAAUGGGCUUUUAAUGAAUUUUUAAUUUAUUUUUUUAGCAUAAAAUCAUACUGUGCCAAAGAACCAAACUCUUAAAAGGUAUAGUUGGAUAAUGGCAGCUAGAAACUUCUCUAGUCAAUAUGAAAACACAGAAAACGUGACCUGAAGCGAAAGAUUGCUUAGCUGUAACUGGCAGGUCUGCAACAACUCUGAGAAUGGGCUUGUCAGAAUUCAUCUCUCCAUCCCCUCUUUGACUUUCACAGCAAAGUAUGUAAUUUUUCCCCAGAAUAUUAGAGAAUUUUGUUUUCACCAUAGGUAGGUUUAUGCGUGUUCUUACGUUUUUGUUGACUGUAGCUGCCUCUUGCUUUCUUUGUUCCGCCCUGGCAGAAUGCUGUAUUGACAGCAGUGUGUACUUCAGUGAGUUACUUCAACGUAUGACUACACUGCAGCUUGUCUCGAUGGAGGUUUUGACAAGCUGCUGAUUGACAUAACACUUUUGCAAUCCUUAUUUAAGCAGGGUUAUUUUGAAAUAUCAUGCCUAUUUCCUGUAUUUCACCAGGACUGGACCUGAUCCUCUCCAUCUGCAGGCUUCCAGCAGAGCAGGCGCUCUCAAGCUUUGGAGUCAAAAACCACAGAUAGUCCCUUGGGUCCGGGUGUGGGUUCGUGGUUAGGGCAGGCUGGCCUGUGUCAGUGAGAGCCCCCUGGAUGCUCUGAGAGCCGAGCUGCCUGCAUGGGGCCAUGGUGCACCCAAAUACUUGUGGCGGCCUGUGAGGAACUACUUCUGAGCCUAAGCCCUGUUUGCUGAAAAGGUGCUAGUGUAGGUUUGAUGGCAUCAAGCUUUGCAGGACUUCCUCUGCAGACUGAAGAUGCCAGCCUCCGUUGUGCACAUUUCAUUUUCAGUUAUUUUCUACUAAAUUGCAUAUCCAUAGCACUUGGCAAGCUUAAAAAAACCAUUUGAGGCAUGUAGAAGACUUACAGACUUCAUUGCGUCGGUACGUGCCAUGCUGAUGGUAUCUUACUCUGAUGUGUCCUUUUGCCACACAUGAAACUCUUCAGCUACCUUCAGAAGAGUUCUAGAACUCCAGUUCUGAAGGCAGCUUUGGUGACUGCAAAACAAGAUCCUGGUGCUUUGCCAGGUGGCCAGUGUUCACAUCCUCAUUGGAAAUGUGGCCCCACUCAUGUGGUGCUCAUGAGAAGGCUGAUCGUGGAAGCUAGAGGUGAGGAUUGUUCUGUGACCCUGCUCUCUGUCCUCUUUAGAAAUUAUUCUGUUGGCUUUCCUUCAGGUGUUUUCCAGAACUUUGUCUGGUUUUUCAGUGUAUCUUGCUACUGACAAUUUACUUUUUGUCUUAUUCAAGCUGGAUCUAACCAAGUUCUAGUUGUUCUAAAAGUCUGUCUUCUGUAGGAUGCAUGAGCUUUCUGAUGAUAAACAACAGGUUAUUGAUCCCGUUAGUUAAACUGAUGUAAAUCCAGUGAAGAGGUAAGCAGGAAAGCUGGGAGUUCUCCUGAGGCUCCUACUGUUGGAAGCACAACGUGUGAUCUGGUAACUGGAUGUGGAUUUCUGGGAAGACAGUAUAAAAUUAAACAUAAGAACAAUGCAUUUGGCCAAGAUGCAGCAUUAGACCCAGAUCCACUGAGUUUCCUGGUUGCCAUUGGGAACUCCUGCCCGAAGUCCAACAUUUCCUGGUUCAAACUUUUCUCUUUUUGACCCUAAAUCUUUAAAUAGCUUGUGAAUACUGAAAGCUUCCUCUUACUUUCCUAAAACUGCCUCUCAUCUUCCUCUCAGCACAUACACACAGAGCCCAUUUUUCUUAAGUUCCUUCCCUUUCCAUUUAAUGAGUGUGCUAGAGAAAUGUGUGAUCCUUCUAGCUUUUCAUUUUACUUGGUACAGAGGAGAGGUAGCUUAUGUUUGUACAUGGAGACUGAAAAGGAGCCCUAAAGUAAUCUAUUUCUGAUUUCCCAGAAAAGAAAUACCUUAACAGCAUGUUGCGUUUGCAGCAUUUUCUCAUCUAAAAAUAGAGAGUUUAAAAAUAUUUUCGUUUAUCUUGUGAGUCUGUCUGUGAGUUUGUAUGACACUCGACUGCAUUAGCUGUCACCUGAAGUACUCUGCUCCACAUCUCCUUCUGCUGCUGCUCAGACUGGGCUGACCUUUGCUCUCACUGAGUUACUGUUUUCCAGCAGCACUUCUCUUCCUUAGGGCUUUACACUUUCCAUGUUGGUAUUUUUCUCCAAAGUCCUUUGUCUGCUAUGACUGACUCCAUGACUUCACUCUCUUUGUCAUUGCUCUUCUUUAUCUCGUAUGGCUGUAGAUUACAUACAGCCUCACAGCUCAACUUCUGUUUGCUUUUUUAUUCUGUUCUUCUGUAAAGCUGAGCCAAGGACACAGCUUGUGCUUCAUAGAGCUGGGCCCUGGUUACAGUCGCUGGCUCUGGGGAGGAUGCCUGUGCAGUGCAGUGCAGUGUGGCCCCUCUCCUGCUGUCAGUCAGUCACUGCUGUGCCCAGGAUGGCACCCGCUAAGGCAGGGAUCUGAAUUACAGCUUAUGGUGUUAAUGCUGACCUUGAAAACAAAACCCAGAAAUAACAAUGGAAAAUGUCACCAUCUCUUGCCAAGCUUCAUCACAUCGAAAAACUAUUUCAAAAUUCUGGCUUUUCUAGGAAAAAAAACAAACCAAACCCCAAAGGUGUAAGAGAAUACCAUAGAAAUUCUUUUAAUUUGCUAUUAAUACAAGACUGGAGAUGCACCUUUUUGGUGGUGCUGGGGUUUUGGUGGUUUGUUUUGGUUAUUUGGGGGGUUUUUGUUAGAUCCAAGAGUAAAUGGCUUGUUCUGAAGAUGUUUUUCUGCCUUAAAACUGCAAAUGCAAAAAUGCUGAAUAUUCAGUGUAUUGGCUUGAGACUCACUGAAGCUGGAAGAUUUUUUAGUCAAGUCUUUCUCUAGUUCACCCUUCAUUGCCAUAGCUAGUACUUUAAAGGAAAUUUUGACUAAAAGAUCUUUCUAUGUUCUUGGAAGUGUUAAAGCUCACAAAUACUCUUAACAUGUAGUUGAGACAUCAUAGACUCAAGAGCUCAAACUUUAGACUUUUUAAUGCAUUCUGUGGUUUUGCAAAGCGUUUUGUUAGUUUUUGUACAUGUAUAUACUGUUGCAGGCUUUUUAAUCAGGUAUGCCACAGAUGUGGAGGGAACACAAGCUUCCGCAGGCCAGCUACAUGCUCAGAAAUACUUAAAUGCCUGUUGUUGAUGCCGCUAUAGCUACGUGUUCUGAUUUUGUGUUCGCUCUCACAUGCAGCAUAAGUGCAGCACUCCAGACAAAAGCGGAGGGAUUAAGGAAAAAAAAAAACUUGUGGUCAUUUCUUAAGCAUUCUUUUGGAGCUAAACUUAAUUUACAAACUUUGAGCAUAUGUUUGGUAUUUUGGGAGAGCUGUAUUAAGCUGUUUUCACAGCUGACAUGGUGACAUUUCUCUUAAGUGUAACACGCUGUUGUUCCAGCAUGGCAAAGGUCUGCAUAAUUCAUGUGUGCUCAACUUAAUCACUGGUUUUCUUCUUGUGACAAUAAAUGGCAUUGUACCAAAAGCAAUAUAUCCUGUGUGUUAGUUAGUAGUGGAAAUAAUUAUUACUGUGCAGCUUUUAUUUUCAUUGUCUUUCCAGCCGCUAGCAUGGAUCAUGUGCAUUGACAGUUGCUCCAGGCUAUUAAAGAUGUCUGGGUGGGAAAAGAAAAGGCCCUGAAUAAAACUUGUUUGCUUUCUGGAAGCUGCUGGUGUACUUUGAAGCAGAAAAGUGUUGCAUCUGAUGCUGCAUUAAGCUUAUUUUCUUCUGAGUCUUAUCAUCAGAAUACAUCUAGAUCUAGAGUGUUUCUCCGGAAUUGCUCCUCCACGCUUUUCCUCUUUGAGAAAGGCCCAGGCUCAACACCAGCAUCGUUAGAGCCAAGGAUUAUCAGAGAGCGGAAGGGCUCCUUUUUCUCUCUUGAUUUUUGAAUUCUGCUAAGCUAUGCUCAGCCUUAUUAGAUCACGGCACUGUAAAAAGACUUAUGGAAUGCUGCAACUUGUUUUGCUCACCAACUACUUAACUCGAGAGCAGAUAAGACCGCGCAGGCAAUAUGCAAUGCAUGGGAACUCUCUAGUCUUAAGUUCUGUCCCUCCUGCCCCACCAGUAGCAAUUCUGUGCUACUGGCUCUGCAAGUAAACCAGCCCUGGAGAACUUUCCCUUCAAAGAGGGAAGCUUUGCUUUUCAUUUCUGGGUGCUCAAAAGGGCAAGAUAUUAAGACAGUUGUCUCCCCACCACUUGCAUUUGACUGCUAGUGUGUAGAUUCAUCGUAUUAAUAUGUCACUGUACAAAAAUUUUAAUGCUGUAGAAAUAACAGGGCUGAAGAACUUGCUCUUCUCAACAUGUAUAUUCCUCCUCGCUUUCAAAGUCUGUAGAAAAAUACCUACUUUCAGUUAUAACUGACUAGCUUUUCUGCAUUCUCUGUGCACAUUUUUCUCUGCUGCCUCCUACUCUUCUUAGAUGUGACUUACUUUACUGCUAAUGGUGUUAUAAAAACUGUAGUGUACUACAGGUGUCAUGUGGUAACUUGUAAAUAAAAUUACUGUAAACACA